AUGGACCCGGUGUCUUUUGCGGCCAGUCUGUUGACGUUGUUGGCGGCCGCAAACCAUGUUGCAAAAGGUCUUGACAAGUUGGCCUCCAUCAGAGGAGCUCCUCUCGCUGUCCUUGCCCUCAACAACGAGGUCUCGGACCUCCGUCUUGUUCUUUGUGAAGCAGAACCUCUCCUGGAAAAACACAAGGGUGCUACGAUCUCUUCUGCGAUCGAGAAUCAAUCACUGCUAUCUAGUAUCGAACGAGCCAAAGAUAGACUCAUGGAACUGGAAUCGAUUAUUGGGAAUCGUCUAAUGAGACGAAUGGGUACCAAAGACAAGUUGGGCUGGCUUUACGAACAGGACAAAGUUCAGAAAGCCUUACUUGAUGUUCAAAAAGCUAAGUCGAAUGUCACUACGAUGCUCGGUAUUGUAACUACCUCUGCUUCCUUUCGUGUUGAGGCCCAACUCAAGGAUGUUCAAGAUGCAACUCAGCAAAGUCAGAUCGCUUCUCAAAGUCUAUUGUCACAAAAUGAAUCGCUAGAGAGCAAAUUCAUUCAGAUGAUCGAAGCCCAGCAACAAUUCCAUGAGAGGUUCCAUGAAAGGCUGCAUCGCGUGGAGGAAUCACUACUUGGAAAUUCUAAGCUCGUAGGGAGAUCUAGCGUUAAAGAAAUCGAUGCGCCGAAUCAAGAAUUCGCGCGCCCUUCACUACCGCGCAACUCUUCGGGGUCGAUGUUCACCGGAAAUAGCUUCAGUGCACUACGAAUGCGUUUUCUAAGGCAGAGUAAAUGCGAGCAGUGGUGUAACUGCAAAUGCCACAUGUAUAAGCGCACUCGUGCUCCUCAAUACAUUGAAUCAAUACUUGGAGCUCUCUUUUUUGGCUACACAGGUCUGCCUACUACAAUUCCUGAGUGCUCCAACAUCAGGUGUCGUCGGUCUUCCGAAGUCUUCCUGCAGGUCAACUACUACUUUCCCUAUUGGUUCCUCGCCAGGGCACUAUCUAUGGCUAUGAAAAUACAAAGGUCUACCAUCCCACAGUUCAAGCUGCGUAUUUUAAAUCUACGUGAUUCUUACGACGAGAUUUUUCAAAACGCGAUCAGUGGUGACUCACAUUCAAUACAGUACCUUUUGGCCUCUGGCCAAGCGUCAGUACGGGACAUAUCGGACGAUUCUGGACAUACACCUUUACACAUUGCUGUCAGAGAUAGUCGCGUUGAAGUGAUCAGAGUCCUUCUUCAGCAUGGAGCUGAACCCUUCCUAGAAAACAGGCAGCAGGAGACUCCAUAUGACACAGCUUCUGAUAACAUCUUCUACUUCCAAGGGACUCCAAACGCAUCUACGUGGCGCGUGGACGAGAUGCGUGAACUAUUUCCAAUCACAGAAUGGGUGGAAGAGCGACGACAAUUUACUCAUAUGCAUAAGAUCGUUUUACAGAUCCUAGCCCUAGAUCUCGGAAAAGCGCUUCGAAAAGAUCGUUCGAGCAUCGACAAAGGAGAUGCUGAUGGACGUACUCCUCUAUCAUGGGCUGCAGCUCGAGGAGACAGCAAGUCUGUUGAAUUACUCUUGCGAAACGGUGCCUCACCAAACAACCCCGAUCGAAUCGGCCAAAGGCCGCUGCGGCAGUCACUGAAGGCUUCGGAUGCAAAAUGUCUCCAGCUGCUCCUUCACUAUGGUGCAACAGUCGAUCAGACAGAUGAUUGGAAGCAGACAUGUCUCCUGGCCGCGCAUUAUUACCCCGAUCCGGUGUCGUUUACCACUUUACUCCUCAAAGCUGGCGCCCAGGUGAAUACCAGGUGCAGCCAGGGACGAUUCCCUCUUAUGGAGGCUGUGAGCAAGAACAAUGUUGCAGCUGUGAGACUUCUCUUAGACCAUGGGGCUGACGUUAAUUAUGCAAACAAUGCUGGCGCAACGGCUUUACAUGAAGGCGUACGGCACAACAGCCAUGAGGCUUUGCUCCUUUUCCUGGACGCAGCGGUGGAUCAUACACUGCGGGAUGCCAAAGGUCGAACUGUACUUCACUAUGCUGCGCAAUAUGCUGAUCUGAAGACCUUGAAUAUUUUGCAUCGCGAACAACUUUUCGGUCUUAACGCAGAUGAUCCAGAUGUCGACAAAUUGGAUCCAAUAACAAUAGCCGAAAACCGAAAGGUGAAGGAGGAGGCGCGAGGGGUGAAUAUCGUCAACUUGGAAUGGAUUACUAGGUUCACGGAUCUUUUGGAGAGUCUCUUGACUUUCAAAACUCCGAAGUCGGUCCCAAGCUAUUCUGGAAGCGUAGAAUCCGAGGACAUCUUCCUUGAGGCUGUCCAACAUCUCAAUGUUGGACGACUGGAAAAAAUUGCAGAUCUGACAGAGCACGGCCAAUUACCCUACAAGCUGAACUCAACGAUCCACUCGCAGCUGUCACCCGAGCCUGUGUGA